AUUUUUCCUCUACCUUCUCAUUAGCAAAUAACGGGAAAAGAUAUCUCUGCUCUUUACACCAUUACUCUUAUCCACCAAAAUUCUCCAAACUCCAAAACAUUGCUGUAUUUUUCAACUUACUGCUCUGCAUAGUGAAAAGCACAGCUAAAUUGUUGGUUACUCCAACAAACAUACCAAGAAAAUCAAAACCAUGACAUCUUCUCCAUCACCUAUAUUUGCUACAUUAUCAUUUGCUAAUCCAUCAUCAAUUCCAAAACACCGAAAUUCAUCUUCUUUUGUAUUAAACACAAAAGCUAUGUCCAAAGAUCUUUAUUUCAACCAUGAUGGUUCAACCACAAAGAAGCUUCUUGCAGGGGUGGACUUGGUGGCAGAGCUGCUUGGUGUUACAUUGGGUCCUAAGGGAAGAAAUGUUGUGUUGCACAACAAGUAUGGGCCACCCAGGAUAGUAAAUGAUGGAGAAACUGUUCUGAAAGAGAUUGAAUUGGAAGAUCCAUUGGAGAAUGUUGGGGUUAAAUUGGUGAGACAAGCUGGUGCAAAAACCAAUAUCUUAGUUGGUGAUGGCUCAACUACAUCUGUUGUUCUUGCUCAUGGCUUAAUCAAAGAGGGAAUGAAGGUUAUUGCAGCUGGAAUGAAUCCUGUCCAAAUUGCUCGUGGGAUUGAGAAAACAGCAAUAGCACUUGUUAAUGAACUUAGUUUGAUGUCUAGAGACGUUGAGGAUCAUGAACUUAAAUAUGUUGCAGAAGUCAGCGCAGGGAACGAUUAUGUUGUCGGAAACAUGAUUUCUGAGGCUUUGCAUAAAGUAGGAAGAAAAGGAGUAGUGACAAUUGAAAAAGGCAAAAGCAUCGAGAAUAGUCUAGAGAUUGUAGAAGGAAUGCAAUUCGAUCGCGGUUAUCUGUCUCCCUACUUCGUCACCGAUCGAAGAAAGAUGACAGUAGAUCUUCACAACUGCAAGUUGCUUUUAGUUGACAAAAAGAUCACAAAUCCAAAAGAGCUUCUGAACAUAUUGAAUAGUGCAGUGAAAGAGAAAUUUCCAAUUUUGAUAGUUGCAGAGGGAAUUGAGCAGGAUGCUCUUGCUCCAAUUAUUAAAAAUAAACUUAGGGGUGUGCUUAAGGUUGCUGCUAUUAAGGCUCCUGCUUUCGGGGAACGCAAGAGUCACUACUUAGAAGAUAUUGCCAUCUUGACUGGAGGUACUGUAAUAAGAGAAGACAUGGGUUUCACCUUAGAAAAAGCCAGCACGGAUGUGCUUGGUUCCGCUGCCAAAGUUGUCAUUACAAAAGAUUCUACCCUACUAGUCACUGAUGGGAGUACUAGAGAAGCAAUUGAAAAGAGGGUUAAUCAAAUAAAGAUCCUUGUUGAGAAUACUGAAGAAAAUUUUCAAAAGAAGAUAUUGAAUGAAAGGAUAGCAAGAUUAUCAGGGGGCAUUGCCAUUCUUAAGGUAGGAGCACAAACACAAGUAGAGUUGAAGGAUAAACAAUUAAGAAUAGAAGAUGCCUUAAAUGCAACCAAGGCAGCAAUUGAGGAAGGUGUAGUAGUUGGUGGUGGCUGUAGCCUUCUAAGACUAUCCAAGAAGGUGGAUAGCAUAAAAAUUCUCCUGGACAAUGAAGAGCAAAAGAUUGGAGCUGAAAUCUUCAAAAGAGCUUUGAGCUAUCCUACUAAAAUGAUAGCGAAAAAUGCCGGUGUAAAUGGCAAUGUUGUCAUAGAUAAGGUUUUAGCAGAUGAUAACAUGAAUUUUGGUUACAAUGCUGCUAGAGACUGUUAUGAGGAUCUCAUGAAGGCUAGAAUCAUGGAUCCAACAAAGGUUGUUAGGUGUUGUAUAGAGCAUGCAGCUUCUGUGGCAAAGACAUUUCUAACAUCAAAUGCUGUUGUGAUUGACCGCAUGGAACUACAACAACCAUUACAACGUAGAAAGCCCAUGACUAUGCCUAGAAAGCCCAUGGCUAUGCCUAGAAUGCCCAUGACUAAUUCAGGUUUAGGACCAAUUGGCUUUUAAAAAGGAAGGCUUUAAAGUUUAAUUCUGCCUUAGAAUCCGUCUUCUAUUUCCCAUCCAAGUAUUCAGAAAAGACCAAUCAAGAAGCAUCAAGAAACAUGGAUCAGUUAUGUUUCGUUAAAGUGGGGACAUUAAUCGAUCCGAGACCACCGAAAUGAAUUUAUAAAAGUUAACUGGCUCCGAUUAACUUGAACUUGAAGGACUUCACCAAUGGGCAGAAGGAAAAUGCUUGCCUUAAUUAGUAACCAUCUUGUGGAUUUGGCAACCCACUAUGCAUUAAAAUCAUUUUUGAAUUUUAUCAGAGUCAAUUAUCUUUAUACAUAAUUUCAGAGUAAAAAUUUGAAAGUCAUUGAUUUUAUAUAAACCUACAAUCAUUUGUUUUUAACAAGCAAAAUUUAUCAAUAUUGGAUCAUUUAUGUAUCUAGCUAUCUAACCUAUAAAAUGUUAAAAUAAGACUGCGCACAAACUUCAGUCAUCUCAUCUCAGAUAAUUAUUUAUUGCCACAUGAACAAA